AUGCACGGUUGGGGGCUUUUCUUCUUCCUCCUCUUUCUCCUACUCAUCUUCGCCGUCGCCGGAUGGGUUGCGUACACUCGGUAUAGUGCUCGCAAACAGGGCCUACCCGCGCCGUCCUUGAAAUCAUGGAAAACCUAUGUCCCGUUCCUGAGAGCUCAGGCGUCAUCAAAUUACCCGGCACCCAGACAUGCAGGACCGCUGGAGUGGGUCCGAGACCAAUUCGCCAAGUUGACUCGGAAGAGAACGGCAAGAGGCGCAUAUGAGGAAGCGGGUCGUGGCGCGGAUGGGCUAGUUGGUGGUGGCCCACGAGGUGGAAGGGAAGCACGAGGAAUGGAAGAUGAUGCGUGGGAUACGAGAGUCGGCAAUGAAGAAGCAUAUGGACCGGCUGGAGGCUACUCUGGGUAUGAAGAGCAAGAACUUGGCCUGGCUCCGACACCGGGUCUACAGAACGAUGCCUACGGCGGUGGUCGCAAUCCCCCGGGAGACUACCUAGGCGCGCCGGGCAGUGGUACCAGGAAUUAUUCGGAUGUGGAUGUCAGUGGGCGAGGCAGACCAGGCAGUUCAUCACGGGACAAUCCUUUUGGCGACCAACACGAGGCGGGAGCGCCGAGAUUGCGAAGUGUGAGCCCCAGGCCCGAGCCGGAAGGGAGCAACAAGGCGCACACGAAAGGAAACAUGUCUCUUGACACUCAAGGGAGCGGCAGCGGGGACGGUAACACCAGUCCCAUCAGCACGAGAAAGAGCGUGUUCCGGGAGGGUAUUUGA